CACUGGCCUCAAAGACCUGAUCUGAUACUCUGAUGAGACCCACCUCAGGCUGUGCACCCCCAGAAAAUGAGCCAGCUGUGGUGAAGCUGGAGGACUCUGACAACAACAACGAUGAGAGAGAAGAUACAUUGUGGGACCCAGGCCCUGAGGCUGCACGUCUACGCUUCAGGUGCUUUCGGUAUGAGGAUGCAAUAGGUCCUCAGGAAGCCCUGGCCCGGCUCCGAGAACUGUGUCACCAGUGGCUACGCCCAGAGAUACACUCCAAGGAACAGAUGCUGGAACUCUUGGUGCUGGAGCAGUUCCUUGGUGCACUGCCUCCUGAGAUCCAGGCCCAUGUGCAAGGGCAGUGGCCAGGCAGCCCUGAAGAGGCUGCUGCCUUGGUUGACAGAUUUCGAUGGGAGCUUGAUGGACCUCGGAAAUGGGUCACAGUCCAGGUGCAGGGCAAGGAAGUCCUAUCAGAGAAGAUGGAACCCUCCAGCUUCCAGGCUAGACCUCACAUCAACCUUCAGACUCCAGAGCCUGGGGCUGAGACUCCCCCAGAUGCCAUGCAGGAAUUGCCGCUGAACUCACAAAUGAAAGAGGAGACAGAGUUGAUGGAGAAUCCAGAGCUCCUGGAGUCUGGGCCUCUUCCUGCCCUUCAAGAGGCUGCAGCCACUCUCCUACGUAAGGAGGCCCAGGGCCAUGGGACAGCACUGGACCAGACCUCACCUCACAGCGACACUGAGCCUGAUGUGCCCCCAUGGAGCGAAGACCCUAUGCCCCUGUGGCAUGAGGAAGUAGGUGCCAUCUUUUCACCAGGGUUUACGCUGCAGAUGGACAGCAUCACGGCAGAGCCAGAAUCGAUGAGCCCCCACCUCCAUGUCCCCUGGGAUCUGAACAUGGCUAGCCUUUCUGGACAGAUGCAGUCCCCUACCAGAGAAGGUGGCUCUGCCCAUGCCCUGGUACUCCCCAGCGACCCAGGAGGCGAACAGGACCCUGCCUGCGAGGAUCUCUGCCCUAGUGUGGGCCCAGCACUGGUGGCGACUCGCUGGUAUGCCCCAAGGGGCCGGAGCCAAAACCACCCUAGCACAGGGACUGGAGUGAUGCGAGGCGGCUGCUGCGACGUGUGUGGCAAGGUGUUCAGCCAGCGAAGCAAUUUGCUGCGGCACCGGAAGAUCCACACAGGCGAGAGACCGUUUGUGUGUGGCGAGUGUGGCCGCAGCUUCAGCCGCAGCUCUCACCUGUUGCGCCACCAGCUCACGCAUACUGAGGAACGGCCUUUCGUGUGCCGCGACUGUGGCCAGGGCUUUGUGCGCAGCGCCCGCCUGGAGGAGCACCGGCGCGUGCACACGGGCGAGCAACCGUUCCGCUGCGCAGAGUGCGGUCAGAGUUUUCGGCAGCGCUCCAACCUACUGCAGCACCAGCGCAUCCACGGCGACCCGCCCGGUCCGGCGCCGUCCAUCCUGCCCCUCGCCGGAGUCCCCGAGCCCCCGGGCCCUUUCCCGUGCAGCGAGUGCUGCGAGAGCUUCCCGCGACGCUCUGUGCUACUCGAGCACCAGGCGGUGCACACCGGGGACAAGUCCUUCGGAUGCGUGGAGUGCGGCGAGCGCUUCGGCCGCCGCUCAGUGCUGCUGCAGCACCGGCGCGUGCACAGCGGCGAUCGGCCCUUCGCUUGUGCCGAGUGCGGCCAAAGCUUCCGGCAGCGCUCCAACCUCACCCAGCACCGGCGCAUCCACACCGGCGAGCGGCCCUUCGCCUGCGCCGAAUGUGGCAAGGCCUUCCGCCAGCGGCCCACGCUAACACAGCACCUGCGUGUGCACACGGGUGAGAAGCCUUUCGCGUGUCCCGAGUGCGGCCAACGCUUCAGCCAGCGACUCAAGCUCACGCGCCACCAAAGGACCCAUACGGGCGAGAAGCCCUACCGCUGUGGUGAGUGCGACCUCGGCUUCACGCAGGUGUCCCGGCUCACCGAGCACCAGCGCAUCCACACCGGGGAGCGGCCCUUCGCCUGUCCCGAAUGUGGCCAGAGCUUCCGGCAGCACGCCAACCUCAUCCAGCACCGACGCAUCCAUACGGGCGAGCGGCCCUACGCGUGCCCCGAGUGUGGCAAGGCCUUCCGCCAGCGGCCCACGCUCACGCAGCACCUGCGCACCCACCGGCGCGAAAAGCCCUUCGUCUGCCAGGACUGUGGCCGCCGCUUCCACCAGAGCACCAAGCUCAUCCAGCACCAGCGUGUCCACAGCACUGAGUAGCUGUACAGCACCGAGCAGGUCAAAACACCUACAGGGUUGGUGUGAGGCUGGCAUCACCCAACAGGCCCGAGUAGAGCCUGGGCUUCAGUAGUGCUCAAUAAAUAGAUGAUGCUUCCCCAACCUGGACAGUUCCUCUGCCCACCUUACCGCUGUUUCCAUGCCGGUAUAAGCUCUGCACGCAAGGCUUCCAG